CAUAAAUUUUGACACCCUUUCUAACACUUGCAUAAUGGUGCGGCAUUUUCCUCGGCUUACAUGCAUCAUUUGCAUGAAAAAUACCUCAAAGCCAUAUGUCAAAAUUGCUAUUGUGCAGUUGCAUUUCUAGAUAAGGAUAUAAUUCUAUAUAUAAGUACAAACAACAUGACCAAAUGUCGAAAAGAAUUAUUACAGUAGGAGUAUAUUAGACAAUGUUAGAAAAAUUGCAACCAUUGCGCUCUCCAGCGCAGGAGAUACAACUACAGAGCUUGAGAAGUGUCACUAGUCGCUUAGAUCCUCAUGACCAUGAGAUUAAUUUGGAAGCGAUCACAUCUCAGCCUCUCUCAUUGAAUGAAGUCGGGCAACAGCUCACUUUGUUCCAAAAGCAGUUGAUUCUUGCUAAACUUAAUUAUGAGAAAUUGGAAUCUCUUGAUGAUCUUCCAGUGGGGGCAGUUUUCUUUAUUGAAAAGGUUCAGAAUCUUCCUAUUGAAGAGUCUAUUCAAAUUCUCAAGGAUGCUCUUGUUGAGCACAGGAAUGACUCAAAUUUUCCAGAAGAAGAUUACCAAUUCAUAGAAUCACUUCUCAGUCAACCAAAAGGAAAUCUUGAGCAAAGCUCUACCACAGGUGGUGUUAUAAAUGACUUGGGGAAAGAUGAAAAGGUGUUUGAAAAAGCUACAAAUCUUGAACAUUCAUUGAUGGAGACUUCUUCAAUCAAUGUAUUCCAAAUUGUUGAUUGGGAAUUGCAAGUUAAACUCGAGGCUGCUAUAUUUGCGUAUUAUUCCCCAUAUCCUGAAGUAAGAGCUGUUACUGAUCCAUAUGAUGAUCCUUCAACGCCAUGUGAAACACUUAGAGCAUAUGUGGUUGCUUUAGUUUGGACUGUAAUCGGUUCAUUCAUUAAUGAGUUUUUUGCUCAUAGAAUGCCUGCUAUUGGUCUUAGUACCGCUGUCGUGCAAUUAUUCUUGUACCCUAGUGGAAAGCUUUUGGAGUUGAUUAUUCCAAAUUGGACUAUUCCAAUUUCCAGGACUUUUUCCAUCCAGUUGAACCCGGGGCCGUGGAGUAUUAAGGAGCAACAAUUAUGCUCUAUCUUUUACCUGAUUUCAUCUGCAGCUCCUUACGUUGAUUCUAAUAUUUACGUACAGAAAUUGGCUGUGUUCUAUAACAACACUUGGGUGACCUUUGGAUAUCAAGUCCUACUUAUCUUGUCAACUCAAUUUAUUGGUUUUGGCAUUUCUGGAAUUUUGAGGAAGUUCACAAUUUAUCCUGUUAAGGCCCUUUGGCCAAAUGUAUUUCCUACAUUGGCUCUCAACCGAGCUCUUUUGAUUCCAGAAAGAAAAGAGACUAUAAAUGGCUGGAAAAUUUCAAGAUAUUAUUUUUUCUUUCUUGUUACUGGGUGCUCGUUCAUCUAUAAUUGGGUUCCUAUUUAUCUUUUCACUUCGCUAUCAACAUUCAACUGGAUGACAUGGAUUGCACCAGACAACUUUAAGUUAGCAGCAAUAACAGGUUCACUGUCGGGACUAGGUUUAAACCCUAUACCUACAUUUGAUUGGAAUAUUUUGAAUUCCAACUUUUGCUUAACGAUUCCAUUUUAUUCUCAGAUCAAUCAAUACAUGGGCUCAUUGAUUGCGUUCAUUGUAAUUGUUGCUUUAUACUGGACCAACAAUAAAUGGACCGCAUAUUUACCAAUAAACUCCAAUUAUGUGUUUGAUAAUACUGGAAAUCAAUAUGCAACUACAAGUGUUAUUGGAUCAAACAAUGAACUUAAUGAAGAUAUGUACAAGAAAAUGGGACCACCAUAUUUCAGUGCGGCAAACUUGGUAGUUUAUGGUGCAUUCUUUGCUCUUUAUUUGUUUGCAUUCUUUUAUCAGAUUAUAACUGAGUGGAAGCAAUUGUCCGAUGGUGCCAAGAAUGUCUUUUUAGGUUUCAAAAAUUGGCGGCGUCCCGUUUAUGAAAAUUAUACAGAUGCACAAUCUAGAAUGAUGAGCAAGUAUAAAGAAGUUCCAGAUUGGGUGUAUCUUAUUGUACUUGUUAUCGCGUUCCUUUUGGCUGUACUUUGUGUUGAGUUAUACCCUGUUAAUACUCCUGUUUGGGCAAUUGUAUUAAUGGUUCUCCUUAAUUUUGUAUUUUUGAUUCCAAUUACAUCAAUUUACUCGAUUACCGGAUUUAAGUUUGGACUCAAUGUGCUUGCUGAAAUUAUUGUGGGGUAUAUUUUCCCUGGGCAAUAUCUCCCAUUGAUUACACUUAAAGCAUUUGGGUAUAAUACUGAUGGUCAAGCCAUGGCCUUCAUAUCAGAUUUGAAAACCGCACAUUAUGCAAAGAUUCCUCCAAGGGCCGUAUUUAGAGCACAAUUACUUUCAACUUUUGUUUGCUGCUUUAUUACAUUAGCUGUAAUUAAUUUCCAGUUGGGAAGUGUCAAAGAUAUUUGUACUCAUCAUCAGAAACAAAAAUUCUCCUGUCCCGGAGAUGUCACAUACUAUUCAUCCAGUAUUCAAUUUGGUCUUAUUGGACCAAGAAGAAUGUUUGACCAAGUGUAUCCCAUUCUCAAGUGGUGCUUCUUAAUCGGGCUUUUAUUGGUGAUUCCAGCUCUUGCGUUCAAGAAAUUUGGUCCACGCAGACUUACCAAGCAUUUCCAACCUACAGCUAUUAUUGGGGGAAUGUUGGUUUUUGCACCUUACAAUUUAGCGUAUUAUACAGGGGGUGUUUAUCUCUCAUUUGCUUUCAUGCACCACAUAAGAAAGAGAUAUUUGACUUGGUGGGAAAAAUACAACUAUGUUUUUUCUAGUGCAAUGGAUGCUGGAGUUGCAUUUUCAGCAAUUAUUAUUUUCUUCGCAGUUCAAUACCACGAGAAAGAUGUAAAUUGGUGGGGUAACACUGUAUCAUACGAAGGAAUUGAUGGUGGUAUAGGACAACAGUCUUUAUUGAAUGUUUCGAAUACAGACCAGGGGUAUUUUGGUCUAAAAUGGGGUACAUUUUCGUAGGCUGUAUAUUUAUAUUAUUUUAUGUAAUAUUCUUGAAGAAUUGUACAAUCA